AUCGUUUGGCAUCGUUGAGUCUGAGCCACUUGUUCAAAGCCUUCCCACUUUCUCUCGCUCUUUCAAAUCCUCCAUUGCACCCAAAACCAAAAUUCUCUGAGCAACGAUGUUACCCACCGCGACACUCUCUUCUCUUCACUCCACCAAUGUGUAUCCCACUCCCUCUCUCUCUCCUCUCUCCACUCCCUCUCUUCCUUCUUCUUCUUCUUCCUCCUCUUUUUCUCUUCCGCCAUCUUCUCCUACCGAGCGUCGUCGUCUCCGCUCGUUCUGCGUCUUCGGUGACACCCAUUUGAGAAUUAACCCAAUACCCAGAGGAUUGAAGGUGAAUUGUUCAGUGAGCAGCGAGCCUUUGAAGGUGAUGAUAUCGGGUGCGCCGGCGUCGGGGAAAGGGACUCAGUGUGAGUUGAUUGUCCAGAAGUUUGGAUUGGUGCACAUAUCAACUGGGGAUAUUUUAAGAUCUGAAGUAUCUUCUGGAACAGAAAUUGGAAAUAAAGCAAAAGAAUUCAUGAAUGCUGGCCGUCUAGUUCCAGAUGAAAUCGUGACAGCUAUGGUUACAUCACGAUUAUCACGUGAAGAUGCAAAAGAAAGAGGGUGGCUUCUAGAUGGGUACCCAAGGAGCUUUUCCCAGGCACAAAGUCUGGAAAAACUGAAAAUUAGACCAGAUGUUUAUAUCGUGUUAGAUGUUCCUGAUGAAAUUCUAAUCGAAAGAUGCAUUGGUAGAAGGCUAGAUCCUGUAACGGGGAAGAUUUAUCAUCUAAAAAGUUUUCCUCCAGAGAGUGAGGAAAUUAAAGCCAGACUUGUUAUUCGCCCUGAUGAUACUGAGGAAAAAGUGAAGUCACGUCUAGAAAUAUACAAGAAAAAUGCAGAAGCAAUCUCAUCCUCGUACUUGAACAUAAUGAAUAAGUUAAAUGGAAACCGUCCAAAAGAAGAAGUUUUCAGAGAAAUAGAAUCUUUGCUUUUGCAAGUGCGUAAAGAUACAGUAAAGACAACAAAAUCAGGGAAUGCAGUACUUGAAAGUAACUACCGGAAGAAUCAGGCUUCUGCAAUCCAGGAUAGCUGGAAAGGAAUUCCUACUAGAUUGAAUAAUAUUCCUCACUCAAGGGAAAUUAGGAAAUAUUUCUAUACUGAUGUGCUAGAAGCAACAAAAAGAGCCAUUUAUGAUGGAAGAACUCGACUAAAGGUAGAGAUUAACAUUCCAGAGCUGAACCCAGAAAUGGAUGUUUAUCGAAUCGGCACCUUAAUGGAACUUGUUCGAGUAAUUGCUCUUUCAUUUGCUGACGAUGGAAAGCGUGUCAAGGUCUGUGUGCAAGGAUCUAUGGGGCAAGGUGCACAAGCUGGGAUGCCAUUGCAGCUUGCUGGUACUCGACAGAUCUUAGAGUUUAUGGAUUGGGGUGAUUAUGGUGCAUUGGAGACCUUUGUCAAGAUUGGUUCUGUAGGUGCCAAAGAGGUUGAUGAGCAAGAUGACAUGUUUAUCAUAGUGGCUCCUCAGAAUGCUGUUGGGAAUUGUAUUAUUGAUGAUCUCAAAGCUAUGACCGAUGCUGCUGGGAACCGAUCAGUUAUUCUUGUCAAUCCUAGGCUCAAGGAUUUACCUGGUUCCAGUGGUAUCAUGCAAACAAUGGGUCGGGACAAGAGAUUGGAGUAUGCUGCCUCAUUCGAAAAUUGUUAUUUCUUUCGGCUUCUCUAUUAUGCAGGAACCCAGUAUCCAAUUAUGGGUGCUCUCAGGAUGUCUUUCCCAUAUCGUUAUGAACUGUAUAAGAGGGUGGAUGGAGUAUCUGGAAAGGAGAAGUAUGCCAUCUUGUCCACUUUUCCUGAAAGGCCAAACACUGAUGAAAUUAAUGAUGCCUUCGAAGGAAAACCAAGAAAUGAAACUAAGAAAGCCUCAGGAAUUUGGGGCUUCUUGAGUGGUAUAUUUUGAGUAGGAAGGUGAUCAUGUAUAUUAAGCUCCACAUCAUCUGAUCCUCACAAAAUCUGGUUGUAUAUCUGGUAGUGAUGCUAAAAUCUGGAGAAUUGAAGAUUCAUCAAAAAUGAGUAUUUUGCAAAAAUUCUUUGACAUGUAUGCUUGUUACCUUGAAAAUGCAAUUUCCAAAAGGAAAUUUGCAUAAAGUUGACGAGUUGUAAACUACCCAAUCUAUUAAACUGACAAUAUUUUAAAGAUG